GAAUGGCUCUGGACGCCCCGCACCCCCCUGGACAUGCCACCGAUUUACGAAGAAGCAGCGCGCGCUAAGUCAGCCCUUCUUCAUUAUGUUGCUGAAGAGGAUCUCGACGCUGGGAUCCUCACGCCCGUGCAGUGCUUCCCCCUCCAGACGCUGGUGUGGGCGGCACUCGGUAGAAGGGCGCGGGUGGACCUCAUGGUAAUUCACACGAUGGGCAGCGAGUAUAAGAUUCUCAAUACACUCACAUAUAUGGAUAUGUUGAUUCUGAUGCUCGUGGUGAAGAUCUCGACGGAAGUGGAACGGAAAUUCGUCCAGGAGACCGCGCAGUCGUUGGGCUUCCUCCCUUACACCAACGUUCCUCCUGAGGCAAAAAAUUUCCUCUUUUUCAUAAAUGAGAAAGUCGAUCUGGUUCAAGGGAAAGCUUAAAUGGAUUCCUAUUACUAUUUACGCUAUUUCAAAAGUUAAUUGAAAAAGUAUUUGCUUAGCAAGACUGUACUUAAAUACUGCGCAAUUCACAUAAAGAAAUACGUGAAAU